AUGAAAAUGAUCAUUAUCUUUUACAUCACCUUUACAUGUGGUUUUCUAGAAAAUGUUAUUUCAAAUGUCAAUCCUCUCCCGUAUGAAGCUAUAUUCAAUUUUGGUGAUUCUAUAAGUGACACCGGAAAUGAUGCUACUUACUACCCACCUAUGGAUGGCGAUAGCCCGUAUGGAUCAACAUACUUCAAACAUCCGUCUGGACGUAUGUCGAAUGGACGAUUAAUCAUAGAUUUUAUAGCCGAGGCAUAUGGCUUGCCAAUGUUGCCAGCAUAUCUUAAUCUCACCAAAGGCCAAGACAUUAGGCAAGGAGUAAAUUUUGCAUUUGCGGGUGCAACUGCACUUAAUAUGGAUUAUUUCAUACAAAAAAAACUCAUUCCACCAUUGACGAAUAUUUCAUUAAGUGUUCAACUUGAUUGGUUUAAGAAGCUAAAACCUUCCCUUUGCAAAAAUAAACAAGAGUGUGAUAACUACUUUAGAAGUUCAUUGUUUCUCGUCGGAGAAAUCGGUGGAAAUGAUAUUAACGCACUUAUCUUAUCAUACAAAAAUAUUGCAGAACUUCGUGAAAUAGUUCCACUAAUUAUUGAAGAAAUAAUCAAUGUCACUACU